AUGGAGACACAGAAUUUCUCACACCUUGCGACCUCAUCUGCCGGCCGAGGCCUCGAGAUCAUGGCCAUUGCCAUGGCCAUGGCAGCCGGUGUCUAUGUUCUUUACCGUCAUCUUCUCCCAAAACCCAUCCCCGGGGUCCCCUAUAACCCUGAGGCGGUAACCUCCAUCCUCGGUGACCUGCCGGGCUUGAUCCGAGAGAACCAGACCGGCGGCAGCGGCCUCGAGUGGAUGAUCGCCCAGGCGAAGCGCCAUCCGGGCCCCCUCUGUCAAAUCUUCAUACAGCCCCUUGGGAAGUCUUUCCUCGUUCUGGCCGACUUCUGUGAGGCCCAGGACAUCUUCCUCCGCCGCGCCGGCGAGUGGGACCGCUCGGACUGGUCCAUCGAGAUACUCGGUGGUGCCGUGCCCAGUCACCACAUCAACAUGAAGACCGGGCCGGAGUGGAAGGCCCACCGUCGUCUACUGCAGGACCUGAUGACCCCUUCGUUUCUGCACACCGUCGCAGCGCCGAACAUCUAUCGUAGCGUCUGCAACUUGGUCGAGCUGUGGGAUUUCAAAUCGAGAGAGUCGAACGGCCGGCCGUUCACUGCCCUCGACGACAUCUACGACGCAGCCAUGGAUGCGGUGCUGGAGUUCAGUUUCGGGAGCGCGUUUCCCCAUCGAGCCAUCCAUCCGCAACUGGAGGCUGCCAGGAACGCAGACCUGAAGGCGCUGAGGGGGUUAUUAAAGGCGGUUGGCGAAGACGAACCCGUAGAGUUCCCUCGCGCGGCAGCCCAUGAGACCAUUCAGGCCACGUACCAGACGUCCAAGGCGAUCGGGGAGGUCUACGACUUUCCGAGACCCCGUUUCGGGUGGUACUUGAAGAAGUUCCAGCCGUCGGAGACCGCUGCUGCUCGGGUGCGCCACGCGUACAUCAAGGAUCAGAUCGACAAGGGCGUUGAGAGGCUUCUGGGAAGGUCAAAGAACGGCAGCGACGAAGAUGAAUGGAUCAAGUCUGCUGUGGACCUGAUGCUUAGCCGAGAGACCAAGUUUGCUGCAAAGGAGGGCCGUGAUCCGAUUUAUUGGUCUUCAACCAUGCGAGACGAGGUUCUGGGCUUCGUGAUAGCCGGCCAUGACACGACGAGCACGACGAUACUUUGGGGGCUCAAAUUCCUCACCGCCUCGCCCGAAGUCCAGGACAAACUACGCGCCGCUCUCCGCGCCGUCCACGCCGGCGCCGUGGAGGAGUCGCGGGCGCCGUCCCCGUACGAAAUCACCCACAACACGGUUGCCUACCUCGAUGCCGUGGUUGAGGAGAUCCUCCGUCUGGCGGGCACAAUUCCCGUCAUCGAGAGGCAGUGCAACCGCGACACGACUCUUUUGGGCCGCUUCGUGCCAAAGGGAACGACGGUUCUCUUCCUCGGGGUCGGCCCCACGAUCACGGAGGUCGGACAGCCCGUGGAUGACAAGCUACGCAGUGAAAGCUCGCAAAAGUCCGUCCGGGAGCGCGGUGUGCGCGGAUGGAACCCCGAGGAUAUCGGCGAGUUUCGUCCGGAGCGGUGGCUGACGAGUAUAGACGGAGAGGAUGUCUUUGACGGGACGGCUGGCCCGACGCUGCCCUUUGGCAACGGGCUCAGAGGGUGCUUCGGCCGGCGGCUGGCGUAUGUGGAGAUGAAGAUCAUAUUCACGAUGCUGGUUUGGCACUUUGAGCUUCUCCAGACCCCUGAGAAGCUGUCUGGUAAUGUAGCGGUAGACGAGUUGACACCCUCCUUCGCCUUGGGAAACUUCCUCUACAUCUCGCUCGCCUCGCCUCAGGCCCGCUACAUCUCGCCACCGGCCGCGGCUACAGCUGAGACAUAA